GUUUGGAGAGCUAACUGUACCUGAUUUUGCUACAAUGCAGUCCACACUAGCUCCAGAACAUCAGAAGUCACAAGAGUCUGGUGCACUGACCAAACAUGCCCUUUGGUCAGUGGAUCUCAAACUGACUCAUUUGGACUGGAGCGCCGAAGCCACCCUGAUACACUUCCAGGGACAGUACCCUUCCAUAUGUGAACUGGACUACCACAUUUUACAGCAAGAACUCCAGAGUGUGCCAAAGACUAAAGCUGCGGUGGACGUCGGUGAUUUAUGCCUGGUUGAGGACGUGACUUUAGAUUGCUGGUUCCGAGGAAGAGUUCAAAGCCGAAAGGAGGACUUGCUUGACGUUUUCCUCAUAGAUUACGGAAAGCUCCUGAGCGUCAACGUUAAUCGCAUAUCUUCCUGUUCGGAUGACUUGUUUAUCCCGCCUCCAAAAAUAGUCAGUGGGUUUCUCGCAAAUGUGCUGCUUUUCCAGAACGGCUCUCCCUCCUUGGUCGAGGAGUAUUUCUCAAGCCUGGUCGGCAAAAACGUCACAGGUUUCAUCCAGGCACAGCUCCCCUACAAAGUCCUCCUGUUGGAAGCGCCGGACAUCAACUCUGACCUUGUUCGACACGGCCUUGGGAGGCACGUGGACAGAGAUACAUUCUUCCUCUUGUUUAGCAUGCUUAUAGGCGUGCCACUCAAACAGAAGAUGGAGCCAGUUCCUGACCUGCUCAUUGAAAAAUCAAGAGGACAACAGUUUUGCUACAAACCAUCCAGCUGGCAGGUAUAUCAGGACAUUUUGUCGUACUGUGGGCCUAAAUUAAGUUUCGGGACACGCGCUAAAGUGCGAGUAACCGCCGCCGUCAACCCCGAGCUGUUUUACUGUCAGAUGGCUAACGCAGCCGAAGAGCUCUGGCAAAUUUCCAAGAAGUUGGCUGACAUUUUCGAGCACAAAACCAAAGGACGCAGUCAGAAAAUGACGGGUAACAUGGGUGUUAUGUGUGCAGCUAAAGGAAAAGAUCAGAGAUGGCACAGAGGCUUGUUGCAGUUUCUGCCAGCCAACUCUCAGGUGAGAGUUUUCUUCAUCGACUACGGCUUCUUUGAGAUGGCAGACAUCGAGAACGUCCACAGCUUGCCGCGUGAAUUUCACUCAACACAGUUCAUGGCGUUCCAGUGCAGGCUCCCCUCACAAGCUGAUCACGAAAGAACCCAACAGCUCAUUUUCCUCAAGGCGGGCCUGCUCGGAGCAGUUCUGGAGGUGGAGAUCACUGGUUAUGAUGAAGAUAAUCAUUUGUACACCGUCACGGUGCUAAGCGACGAAGACACACACGUGGUAGAGCCAGAGCCUAUCCAGAAUCUUCCCUCUGAGCCACCUGCAGAUGUUAAGAACCUGCCGCCUCAGGACCGAUAUGAGAGCUACGAGGCCGUCCGAGGCGACGCGUUACGCAGAACCCUGGAAGCAGAGGAACUGCAGGUCGGCUCUGCCUUUGUGGGCUAUAUCGAGUAUGCUCAGGAUCCAAACAACUUCUGGAUCAGAACCCAGAAACGCAAUCAGGAGUUUGAGGAGAUGAUGGUCAAAAUAAGAGAGCACUUCAGUCAGAUGAGGCUGGAUGAAGACGUACUGGUGAAUCCAGAGGUGGGGGCAAUGUGCUGUGCAAUGUACGAGGAGGACAUGCAUUUCUACCGGGGUGUGGUGACAGACGUCCUCGAGCGUGGAGCCGAGAUCCUUUUUGUUGACUAUGGGAACAUUGGAAAAGUGCCGCACAAGUUGAUAAAGCGAAUACCCAAGAUCUUUGCCAGCACACCCCCGUUUGCCAUCUGUUGCACACUUGCUAACGUUUUUCCUUCGGAUGACUUCUGGCCCAGCGCGACACUUCAGUUCUUCAGAAAAGCUGUGUAUGGCAAAGCCUUGGACGUCCACCUACUCCAGGCCAAAAUAAACACAUUUGUUGUUGACUUGUUUGAGGCGGGCGGCGACAACAGCAUCACUGAGCUCUUGAUCUCUUCCAAACUGGCUGAAUUCAUUCCCCUAAACAAAGAUGUUUUGGGGAAACCAAGGCAGCCACAGCGUUCUGAAGCAAACACGAGUAAAACAGCAGAGCAGGGGCCGGAUUGCAAAGGGGAAGCGAACCUGUGCAGAAAGGAAGAGAAGUCCCAGCUGGUGCAGGUCCCAGUUAAAAGCAUAAAUCCUGGCUUCAAGGCAAGAUGUUUCGUGACCCACAUCGACUCCAUGAGCAGCUUUUUCCUCCAGAUGUCCGACGAUGAAUCAGCCAUCCUGAAAAUGGGCGAAGAUCUCAACUCAAACGUCUUCAAGAAAUCCUUGAAGGAGGCCUCGCCCUGGAGCAUCAACGAUGUGGUUUUGGCCGAGUUCGAGGAGGACGGGGAUCUGUAUCGUUCAGUCGUGAAGAACCAGGAAGACGGCUCCAGGUACACGGUGGAGUUUCUGGACUACGGAAACUCGGCAGUUGUAGGAAAAGAAAAGCUACACCCUCUACCAGAGGAGUUCUCGUCCCAGCCGAGAUUCAGCAUACCAUGUUCGUUGAUGAACACGAGCGCAUAUAAAGAUGAAGCUUCUUUCACUGAAGCUGUGAUGGACACGCCCCUCAUGGUUGAGUUCGUUUCCAAGUAUGGGAUUCAUUGGCAAGUCAAGGUUGAGGUUCUUGACGGAGAAUCUGAAAGUGAUGCAAUGCUUAGCAGUACAUUUGUAGCACAAAAUGAAGAAGAGUCUUCCUCACUCCUAGCGUCCACUGAGAACGGCAAGGACCACCUCAAAGAAGAAGUCCACCACGGCAACACGUCCAGAGAAGCAAAAUCCACCGUAAAAAACGAGCGCUUGGGGCCAGAACCAUCAGCCAAAAGGCAGGUCCAAACCACCAGGUCGCUGAGGCAAACUCGCUUCACCAAAAAGAGACGCAAGAAGUCCCAAAGACCAUCUGCUUCGGUCACAAAGGAUCGUCUGGCUCAAACCAUUCAGGACGGAGACACAGAAACAGGAACAAUCCUGUCAGUCCAGAGUAACGGCAGCUUUUACGUCAGACUCACUAAAAACAACAACCUGCUGGCGUCAAUGGAACGAUAUUUAACAGAGAACAUAACGGAGUACAAGACCGUGUCUGAGGAGGAUGUCGCACAAGACCUGAAAUGCUUGGUCCAGGCUGAAGGCGGCAGGUGGCAGAGAGCCGUCAUCCGGCGGAUUCACGAGAGACGCUUUGAGGUCUUCCUCGUGGAUCACGGAGUCACAGAAGACGUUCCAGGAGGGCCCGUCCCAAAGCAGUGUGCCUACUUGAGGAAGAUCCCAAACUUGGCUCUGCUGUGCAAGAUGAACAACCUUGGUCUCAGCGAGGCAAAUGCAGCUCAGCAGUGCUGGGAAGACAUGCUCAAACCAUUAGUAGGCACCGAGGUCAAGGUGAUAUUUGUGGGUUUCUCUAAAGCUGAGAAGGUUUGGCUGGUGGAAAUAGUCCUGAGUGGACCGGUGCUGGUGGGUCAAAUCCAGACCUUGCUGCAGCAGAAUGGAGAGAAGACUUUAACAGCUGAACGCCAAAGUGAGAGCACUCCUCCGUUUUUCUUCGCUCCUCUUCAGACGGAUAACGCACACUCUGGCUGUGCCGCUGCGGUCACCACUCCCUCUGAAUUCUCUGUCGUCCUUGAAGAUCUGCUCCCUACCAUGAUCAAAGUCUACGCCAUGUUGGACGACCUGCCUGGCGUUAUGCCUCCUCUUCCCCAGGCCCACCUGGUCCCGGGCACCUGCUGCCUGUUCAGGUCCGAAUCCAAGAACAGGUGGUGCAGGGCUGAGAUCGUACACGCUGACGAAGAGGACGACAUGGUCGUCCUGAACCUGGUGGAUUAUGGACAUCAGGAGUGCGUACCGUACCUUGACUUCUCCCGGCUGAAGCAGGUUCCUGUGGAGCUCACGAACCUCCCGAAGAUGACCUACCCCUGCGUCCUGAGAGGGGUGAAGCCGGCUGGUGCGGACGGACAGUGGAGCGACGAGGCUACAGUCUUCUUCCAGCACUGUUUGUGCCAGAAGAACCUGCAGAUCUUCUUCAGGGAGUCUGGCGCCGACUCCACCUGGAAAGUGGACGUUCUUGUUGACGGAGUCCAUGUUGCCAAGAUGCUGGUGGAUGCUGGACAUGCCGACUAUACGGACGUCAUCCUUGGACUCAGGUAUGACGUGUCGAGUUCCUGUCAACAACGUCAAUGUAUGGACGCUGAUGAAGAGGAGGGUUUAACUCGCACACUGGAAACUCGACAGGAGUUGUAGGAACGGGAGAAGUCUACAAGGACCCGAGGGACAAAUGGACGAAGAGCCAGGAGCAGGAGAACUCGAUCCCCAGCGGCGCUCCGGAGAGUCUCACCUUCAAGGAGCGCCAGCGCCUCUUCUCUCAGGGGAAGGAGGUUUCCGACAAGGUCAAGGCUUCCCGCAAACUCAUGGAGCUGGAGAACGAGCUCAACACCAAGAAGUAGGCCCCGCCCAAGCCCUCCGCCUCCCAGCGCCGCCUUAAAUCCACCUUAAGGUGGCGCUGGGGAAACGCCCGGACGGAGCGAGCCCACGGCCCCUUCCCGGUUCUGUUGCUUCUGUUUUACUUUGAGACAUCAGAAAACUGGACCAUCCUCUAAUUUCUCUGACGUUUCUCUGUCGUUGGAGCGUGACGGACGAUCCUAGUUUCAGAUUCCUUCCCCUCCUUGAAGUCUGUCAGCUAUAUAAUGAUGAAGCACUGUAAAAAAAAUGUUUUAAUUAUAUCUAAUUAGAGAAACACACAACAAAGGGGGAUAUAUUUUUGUUUGUAAAAUGGUUCUCGGGGCGAGGGAUUUAGAAAGAUUUAUUCUCGUUUAAAUUUUUUGUUAAAUAGCUUACUGAAAUAUGAACAGUUUUAUAUUUUAUGCUCUUUUUCUGCAUCAUGAUUUCGCUUUCAGUUCCUUUCCAACAGAAAAAAAAACAAUUAAUAAUGUUAUCCUUUUUUUAUUUUAAAUUCUCAGAGAGAGGAAACACUUAUUUUAUUCCAUAGCGAAUUUCUUUUUUUUUUUUUUUUUGUGACAUCUUUAGAAAAGCUGAGAGAUGAUCCAGAGGAGGAUGUUAAAGUCAGAGGAAGGCCUCUGUAAGUGCACAACUUUACUGUAAAUAUCCCGGUCCACAACUGUCUCUUUACUACUGUAGAAACCUUCCAGGAAACUAAAGCAAACCGCAAAGCUUCCUUAAUUUACUUUUAUUUUCCUCCGUCACUCUUCAUUUCACGUGUUUCCUUCAAACGUUGAGUUUUAAAGAGUUUUUUUCAGAGUUGUGUGAAUUUAAUUUGACUGUUCCUUAAAUUUCAAA